AUGCCGGAGUCGAUAAAGAUUGGUGAGAGAUUAGAAUAUAAAAACAUAGACGGUUCAAAUCAUCUAGUUCCUGUAAAUAUAUUUGCAGAAAAAAUUCCUUUAGCACAACUAUUAAAAGUUUUUUUCCAAUCUUCUGAUAUAUUAAAGGAAACAUUAGAGUUCAUGCGAUUAUUGGAGUGUGAAAUAAAUAUCAUUAGCACCUUAUGGAAAAAACAACGGUCAUUAUUCACUGAAAAAAUAGUUUUUCCUUUGUUUCUGUUUUUUGACGAAUUUGAAACCAACAAUCCCUUAGGGAGCCAUAAAGGUAUUAAUAAGUGUGGUGCUGUGUACAUAAAUUUACCGAAUAUUCCCCCUCAGUACAAAUCAAAAUUGGAAAACAUUUUUCUUUAUUAUGAUGUUUAA